UAUUCAAUAAAAUUUUUUUUUAAACCUAAUGGAUCUCAUUAAAUGAGGAUUAAUAAGGUUUUAUUAUAAUAUUGCAAUGACAUUCAGUCGAGUUCUAUUAUUUCCUUCACAUUGCUCUUGAUUGCUGAUUAGCUUAGAACUAGUAAAUAAUAAAAGAGAAAGGAACUUUCAAGGCAAUAAAAGAUAUAAAUUGGUGGAUUGUGAAUUGAUAUUCAGGAAGAGUGGAAAAUUUAGAUAGGUAGGUCGGGAGCUCGAGCCGAGAUGGGUCUUGUGAGGCUUCCUGAGAAGGUCUGGCUAAGGCUGUGAAACUGAUCAAUUAAGAUUUGAUCAUUUUUGAUCAUGUUGAACAGUUUCACAGCCUUCAGUCAGGCUAGGUCCAUAAAAGUGUCAUGCUAAGCUCUUCAUAGUGUCAAGCCAGUCUUUUUGAUACCAAACUUCAUUUAUUUUAGGUAAGCACAGCUCAAAAUGACCCAACUCACAAACACACUUCUCAUAUCCACAAUCCUCAUUUUAUCAACAUCAUCAUCAACUUCACUAGAAACCAACACCGUCCCAGGAAGCAACCACUUAACCUGCAAGCAUAUUUUUGAGUUUUUUCAUCAUUUUUCGUCCGGUGACUUUUCAACCCUCAAUUGUGUCAUGCAGAAGCUCAACAUCCAUGCAACUGAGAACCUCAAAGAGUGCAGAAGCUUUGGAUCACUAACACUUGAUGACUCGAUAACAAGCAGGCGAUACAGUUCAGCAUUUAAUGCCAUUUUCAUCACAAAUCGACUUUGUCAACAUAAUUUCGAUAAAGUUUAUUCAGACUUUUUUGACAAUAUGCGGCGGUUCUAUAGAGGACAUGUCAAGAAGAACAAGAUGAAUUGUUAUUUGAAGAAAUUAAGGCAAAUUAAUACGGAACCGACAUCGAAUGAGAAUGUUGGUGAGAUCUGCAAACCUGUUUUUGUGGAAAUUGAAAGAUUUUUGCUGGAAAUCCGAGAAAAUCUCGUUGAUGACUUAAAUGAAGAGAAGAUCAGCAGCUGCAUUGGAGAGGAUUUGGUUGAUGAGAAGGUUAAAGAUCGGCUGCACUUUAAAAUAAUGGGAAGUACCAACUAUUCAGAAGAGGAGCUUGUGGAACUGAAGAAUAAGCAUUUGGGGCUGUUUAAGAGGUUUGAGGAGAAACGGGCUCAGUGCUUUUUGCAUAAUUUUUAUUAUAACCAAAAUUAAAUGUUAAUUUAAAUUAUUUUUCUGAGAAACUAAGUUUAUAAUCCCGAGCAACACAUUUUAAGAACGGCGCUCAUGCGGCUGCCUAAAUAAAAAAAGUCAAAUAUUAGUGCAAAUUUAGAAUUUUUGUUGUUUGAGUUUACCGAGCUGCACAUAGUUUUUAUGGGAGCCGAGUGGUUACCAAAAAGUGGCUGCCACUUAGCUGUUGCCACCAACUACAUCAUAUGCUGUUCGGGUUAAACAUCUCAAAAUAGACUCUAUAGCAAUAGCUUAACACAACCUUAUCAGCUCCCAAAUGCAUCAAAACAUCAAAUUCAAUCAUAUCAGAUGAUCCACUUGACCUACAAUGUCAAACAUUUGUAUACACAACAAAUGCGGUCUUUCAUGUCUAAAUUGAAUGUUUUGAGUAAUUUUACAUAUGAAAUAAAGCAACAAUAAUGCUCAGGAACUUACUGAUAACGUUGUGUACUGCGCAAAAAUAACUAGGAAUAUUUGCA